AUGCUUGGACUUUUCCGCCUCGUCGCUAAAGGACACUCUCGCACACUCGCAUACGCAAUGUCGACCGCACUCGUGACUGUGACUCGUCCAGCAAAGGAGCAACAGAAUGGGCCCCGUCCAGCCCACCAUCGAAAUGACACAAAGAGCCUCUUCCAGAAUCCAUGGCCGUCGUUUGUGGAUGUUCCCCCGGCCGUUAUGGCUGGCUUUCUCUGGAAGUCCAUCUUCAGCCUCCCUAAACCGCCAAAGGACAUCGAGGCGCUUCUCAAAUGGCAGAAGCCAACAUGGGGCUCGGAAGCCAACAAGAACGAGCUCAAAGCAACCUGGUUGGGUCAUGCUUGCUUCCUCGUCGAACUACCAACGCCCAAAGGUGCAAGCCGAGGUGCACGUAUCCUGUUCGAUCCAGUCCUGUCCCAUCGCUGCUCGCCCUUUUCGUUCAUGGGCCCGGCCCGUUACACCCGCCCUCCCAUUUCCCUCGAGGAGCUCGGCAACCUUACGCACGUCGACGCCGUCGUAAUAUCUCACGAUCACUAUGACCAUAUGGACGUUCAAUCACUCGCCAUUCUCAAGGAGAAACACAACCCUCACUUCUUUGCGCCGCUCAACAACGACGACAGGUUUGUCGGCGUUGACAUUGCCCCGACCCACUUUCAUUGCCUCGACUGGUGGGAAGAUCGUGAAGUCUCCGUCCAACUCCCCCCAUCUCCUCAACUCAAGCAAGAAGGUGCGGCUGGCGAAGCGACAGAAGGCCCGACCGUUCAUUUCCGGCUCACCUGCACACCCUCGCAGCACCAGUCCGCUCGAACGCCCUUUGAUCGCUUUCACACCCUUUGGGGAUCAUGGGCACUCGAAGAGCUUCACGUAACUUCCCCCUCGUCUCCACCCACCGUCGGCUACAAAGUCUGGUUCGCAGGGGACACUGGGUAUAGACACGUUGCACAAGGUCAAGACGAGGACACGGUUCCAUAUUGUCCGGCGUUCAAGGAGAUUGGUGAAAAGUUUGGCGGAUUCGACCUCGGCUUGAUCCCCAUUGGUGCCUAUGAUCCACGCCAAGCAAUGAGUUCCUGGCACGCUUCUCCAAACGAUGCAGUCAGAAUUUUCCAGGAUGUGAGGGCGAAAAAGGCGAUUGCGAUGCAUUGGGGAACCUGGACUCUGACCAUCGAACCUGUCCUUGAGCCACCUCGUCUGCUCGCUGCAGCCGUCGAAAAGGCGGGUCUUGCAUCAGACGCGUUCGAUACUUGUGGCUUGGGCGAGACCGUCAUCAUUCCCCGCUCUUGA